AGAAAUAAGUUAAUGAAGGUUCGUAAAGCUGUAAGCAUAUACUGUCCCGCAUAUUCUAUCUACAACCAUUCCUUUUUGCCUAUAAAAUAUAGCUUCAACCAAACCUCUACUGCAUAGUAGGUCUAUCAUUCCUCCGAGCUCAUCAUAACCUAACUACCCCACUGAGUUGUUCAACGAGUUUUAGACAUGGAACUCAAACGCUCAAUCUUGAUCAAACUUUUGAUCCUGCAAUAUCUCUCACUCCUUUGUCUUUCACAGGAUUUUGAUUUCUUUUACUUCGUUCAACAGUGGCCAGGAGCAUACUGUGACACAAAGCACACAUGUUGCUAUCCUAAGACAGGAAAGCCUGUCGCAGAUUUCGGCAUUCAUGGACUUUGGCCUAAUUACAAAGAUGGCUCUUACCCCUCCAACUGUGAUCCCGAUAGUGUCUUCGAUAAAUCACAGAUUUCAGAGUUGAUGAGCAGCUUGGAAAAGAAGUGGCCAUCACUUAGCUGCCCGAGUAGCAAUGGGUUCAGGUUCUGGUCACAUGAAUGGGAGAAACACGGGACCUGCUCAGAGUCAGAACUUGACCAGCGUGACUACUUCGAAGCAGCUCUUAAACUGAAGGAGAAAGUAAACCUCCUACAAAUCCUCAACAAAGCUGGCAUCGAGCCAGAUGAUGGAUUUUACAGCUUGGAAAGCAUUGUGGACGCCAUAAAAGAGGCCAUCGGCCACGCCCCUGGGAUAGAGUGCAACAAGGAUUCUGCCGGUAACAGCCAACUUUACCAGAUUUUCGUGUGUGUCGACACUUCCGGCUCUGAACUCAUCGAAUGCCCGGUGCUGCCCAAGGGGAGAUGUGCUUCAAAUCUCCAGUUUGCUAAGUUCUAGUGACUAGAGAGGAUCUUUUCUCCACAUCAUCAUUUACGACUGCUUAAUUAUCAUCAUUUGUUUUUCUUGUUUUUAAAUAAAACUUCAUGGCCAGUAAGUUUAAAUUCCGUGCAUGUUUCUUGUUUUUGAAUAAAACUUCGGAAAUAUGUGAUACGAGAUUAAAACAAGAUCUACCAACUAUUUUAGGCGUGCAAGUUGAUAAUAUAAUUAAGGGCAAUUAACUCCCUGAGCUUUGGACUUUGAUGCCAUACUGGCAAAUAUUGUAAUUAUGGCCAAAACUCUUGACC